UGAUUAGCAAGAUAGUCCCCAUGUAAACUGCCUGUUCUACUCCUCCUUGUCUUUAUUUUACCGUGGAUGGAUUAAGCGCACACUAAGCCGGAGCUUUCCCUUUGUGAAGUGCUGCCAAGCAAACAGUAAGAGCUCCUGGCUCUCAGGUUCAGUACCUGGCAUCCACAAAGCUGCUGCUGGCUCCUACCUUUCAUCAGCCAUCUGUAAUCGCCUGUGUCUCCGACAACUUCCACAAGUGUGACCUCGCAUGUCGCAGCAUCCAAAUGACCCGCUGUCUCUGCUUUUGGACCUCUAUGUGACACUUCACGGUGGGUAAAUCAGCGACGAUGAGGCCAAAUCAAAGGCUUUCGUGACGUGUUCUCGAUGAGCUCCCUUAAAAGGUGAAGGAGGAUUCAGCGCAGUAUGCACAUUCUCUCUAGAGAUUACCACUAAUAUGAGCAGUGUUUGGACGAGUUGACCAUCGCUGUCCCUGACUUCAGCCGAGGUAGACGCUUUAGAGGACAGCUCUGCUCUUUGGGGAAGAAAAGGGAACAUUUUCUCUGCAUAUUCUUACUUGAUUAAAAUAAAGAAAAGCGAAACAAAAUGUCCUCCGGUGAGCGGUUUGACUGUCAUUACUGCAAAGACUCUUUGUUGGGGAAGAAGUACAUCAUGAAAGAGGACACGCAGUAUUGCACAAAGUGCUACGAGAACCUAUUUGCUAACUGCUGUGAAGUGUGCUCUUUACCUAUUGGCUGCAACUUCAGGGACCUGUCCUAUAAGGAUCACCACUGGCAUGAGCAGUGCUUCAAGUGUGCAAAGUGCAGCCGCUCACUGGUGGAGAAGGCCUUUGCAGCCAAGGAGGAUUUACUGCUCUGCACUGAAUGCUAUGCACAUGAUUACUCGUCCAAGUGCAGCACCUGCAAGAAGACCGUCAUGCCAGGUUCCCGAAAAAUGGAGUACAAGGGGAACAGCUGGCAUGAGACUUGCUUCCUGUGUCACCGCUGCCAACAGCCAAUAGGAACCAAGUCUUUCAUCCCCAAAGACUCUGGCUACUUUUGUGUGCCCUGCUUUGAAAAGCAGUUUGCAUACCAGUGCUGUGCUUGUAAGAAGGCCAUCACCACGGGUGGCGUGACCUAUCAAGAUAAGCCAUGGCAUCGUGAGUGCUUCCUCUGCAUCGGCUGCAGAAAGCAGCUUUCAGGGUAUCGCUUCACUUCCAGGGAAAACUACCCCUACUGCCUGGACUGUUUCAGCAACCUGUAUGCAAAGAAGUGUGUCGGUUGCACCAAACCCAUUUCUAGUUUGGCAGGUGCCAAAUAUAUCUCAUUUGAGGAGCGUCAGUGGCACAGCGAGUGUUUCACCUGCAUGCAGUGCUCUGUGUCUCUGGUGGGACGCGGCUUCCUCACCCAGCGGGACGACAUUUUGUGCACCGACUGCGGCAGGGAGAAAUGACCUGUGCAUGACAAGUUCACCCACGAUGCAACAACUUAUGUUCUCUUUUGUUAAUGCGCUGGGCACGUUAAUCGGUACUAGAUUGGAUGAUGCUGUUCCCUCAUAACGUGAUCAACAUUUUCUCAUUUUGCUUUAAUGUAGUGUUCUUUUGUGAAAGUCUUCAUAAUGGCAUUCAUAUCAGUGCUAUUGUGACAUUUGGUGCUUCUGUAAACUUCUCAGUUUCCUGUAAACAUGUACAACCGUGGUGCUUUAUGCAAAGAUACAUAUUCAUUUUGACAAGAGUGAAAUAAUGUUUGUCUUUAGACUGUAGAUCAAAAAUAUGUGAGAAAAAACUGAAUUACUUGGUUCUUAAAAAAACAAAAACGAAAACAGUAUCUGGUGCCUUGCAUGACACUUGCACAUUAAUGCAUGCAAUAUAUUCACAAAAUAAUAUAUGAGUUUGCUCAAAAUAUAAGACGUUGCUGCAAUAAAGUUUUCUAAUAUCUGUUGUUUCUCAUUUCAAGAGAAGAUUAUCAAUUUGAUUUAGAUGCACACACGGACUGAAUGGACAGGCAUUGUUAAUUAGCAAUGCUAAAGUGUUCAGUAUUUGAUAAUGCCACACACAUAUUCAAUUAAACUAAAAAAAUUACAGUACGUUUAAUGAAAUAAAACUACUAAAGUUUGGUACAAGUCAAGAAAACUCAAACAUGCAUUCAAAAUGUAUAUUUACAGAUUUAAAAAAGCACAAAUAGACACCUGAGUUUAUGCCAAAGCUACUGCGAAUAAUGCCAGUAAAACUCAGCAGCUCAUCUGAGGACAAGUCCCACGUUUUAACCAUCUGUUCGUCCCGAGAGACCGACGCACGUCUGCCCUCGGUUUGAUCUUCUCUGUGCUUCUUUAUGCUCUGGAGAAGCUCUGUGUUUAUGCAUUGGUUGAAUAAAAGUCGUUCCUUGA